UCCGACUUUUGACCGUUAACUUGGACGGUCAAACGCGUUGACCGUUAGUCAACGCGUUGGCCAAAUUAUUUAUUUUGGUGUAUAGUUCGAGCCAGGAUGUUAUAGAUCAAAAAGAUUGAUCAGAAUGUUUAUUUCGAUCAAAGUUCAGACCAUACGAAAAUAUUAACCAUUACCAAAAACUUUUUUCCUUCUUGGUUGAAGUUUCAAUCCGAUCCUAUUAUCGACAUUCAACGCCAGCGUAGCGACUAGCUACUAGUGAGCGUCUUCCUCCCGUUCCUGUCUCUCUCUCUCUCUCUCCGUCCAUCUCCGAGCUAGACGAGAUGAUUCUCCAGAGCCAAGCUCGAGUGAGCUCUCACUCUCCGAUGUUCUCACUCGUUUCCCAGCGGCCCACUACCCGUUCCCAAUUCCUCUUCCCCAACCAGCGCCACCCACUUCGCCACCGCUCCUUAAAUUGCUCCAUUUCCGCUAAAGCCGCCAUCUCUUCAGAGCCUGCCACCGUCGUCCUGGGUACUCCGCAACACAAGCCCUUCCCAGCCGAGGUCUCCAGAACCAUCGUGGAGUUGUCCUCCGUCGCCACACUCUCGACCCUCACCCAACAAGGUUGCCCUCUGAGCGUCAGCGUUCGUUUCGCUGUGGAUGAUGAAGAUGGGACUCCGGUUAUCUGCCUGGCCGAUUCCCACAGAAUCGUCUCUCAUGACAAGAGGUCUAGCCUCAACAUUCGGCUGGAGCAGAGCGGAAUGCGGACCUCUCAGUGCACAAUUCAGGGUAGUCUAGAGAAGCCCGAGGAUGCAAAGCGGUUAAAGAGGCUCCUAUCCACAUGGAGGAAAAGAUUUGGAGAAGAAGUUAAGGAAGACAGUGUAUACAUUGUUGAUGUUGAAAGAGUACUUCAGAUGGAAGACUUCAUGGAGGAUGGCCUAUGGGUCUCCUCAUCAGACUACAAAAAUGCCCUUCCUGAUCCUCUCCGGAACUCGGCAGAAGAAUUCGUCAAAGAGAUAAAUGCCAAAAACAUGGAAGAUGUCUACAGAUUUUGCAAUGUAUAUGUUGAUCAUGAUUUCCAGGUUUCUGAAGCGAAGAUGAUAUGGGUUGAUAGGCUGGGUUUUGAUGUGCAACUGACCUCUACCGAGAAGGAUGCUUUUAAUGUCCGAAUCCCUUUCCCAAGAGAAGUGACAGAUGAGAAAGGAGCAAAGUCAUCCUUCAAUGGCAUGUCCCAACUGGCAUGGGAAGUGGAGAAAAAUUAUCAAGCUCCAGCUUUUGACAAGGUGAAGCAUUUGAAGCAGAUUACUUCGAGAAGAUCGUAAGAAAUUAAUUUACCGUGGUCCUUUUAGCAUUCCAUGUAGAGAUGAGGCAUAUGUAAAACUGCUUUUUUUACUGAGCUAUCCACCAGAUUUCAUUGUUUGGUGCUUCGCUGCGGGCUUCUUUGUUCAGAACCUUGUAUUGUCAAUAUGAAAAAUGAGGUUGUAUAACUUUUGUUCCUUCCCUAAGGUACCGUUAGAUGUAUGUACUGGACUCCUUAACUUAUGCAUUACAGAACUUCAGCAUUCUUCAACUUCCAAGAUUGACUGGUAUUUUUCUCUUUCAGAGUAUGUGGCUUAACGUUACGUAAAAUGCAGUUAUAUGCAUUUUGGUUGUUGGAUAUACAAAUGAAAUUGUCAGAGAAUGUUAAAUCGAAUGUGUCAGGUAGCCAUCAACGUCAGUCUGAAAUUAUCUGUCAUCAUAUCUUUGAUCUUGCCAAUCCAAUAUGUGUGUGCUGUGUCUAUACCUUCUUCUGGAACAAAGAGCUCAGAAUGGUUUCCAGACCCUGUGCUGUGUAUCUCACAUGCUUUUUGGAGCUAGAAAUUUCCUCCACCAGAAGUUUAUAGCUCUAUAAAUAGCUUCUGUAGACAGGUACCAGAGAUUGAAUCAAGAGGUUGCAGAUUCUCAGCUUCAAGUUUUGAUCAGCGACAACCCAAGCGGACUGCUUCUGGUACAGGUAAUCAAACGCCUCAUUGAAUGUUUUGAACCCUCUUUUAAUAGAAUCCCAGUUGGAUACCUUUGCAGAGGAAGAAUAAACUUGGCCGCCGUCUGGGCGAAGAGUGGCAACCACCUUCCCCCAGCUUUCUCUCAAGUAAAGAGACAUGAAAUGGUCCUUGUACUGUUCAUGAGCCGUGAUCCGGGAAUCUCCCAUCGAAUCUCCAAACUUUGUGCCUCUGAGAUUGCUAAGGCUUCCCGAAGGAUACUCAAAGACUUCCCGACAUUCGAAAGUGUAAGGCUCAUUGGAAAUCGAAUUGUGCUCCAGGGCUUGUAGCAUGUCCAGCAGCCAUUGAAUUUUUUUUUUUUUUUUUGUUUGUAUGAAAUUCCAGAAGCCAUUGAAUUGCUAGCCCGCAGUUGUUGGCUAGAAAAUCCAGCGCUUCCUCCAGCUGCUUCGGUUACGAAAGAUAAGCAUAAAGAUCAGAACUUGGAUCUGCUGAGACCCAAGACUUCUGGAGCUCCUGAUUUGAACCAUGAACUUUCAGCACAGCUUCUGCAGGAUCGACAUGGUCUGCACAAUCGCCGCAAAUGUGCAUUUCUGAGCUGGGGAAGGCCUCACUGCAGCGUCCAAAGGAGAUAAGCUCUGUCCAAUGCGAUCCACUUUUUUUCCCCCCAGUUUUAUGCAAUGCUGCAGCAAGAGCUUUUGAUUUCUCUAAGCUUGGCUUCGAUGCCCUCCUGGCAGAAAGGACAGUAUUCCUAAAGCUGUCUAUUUCGGCCAUUGCCAUAACUAGGAAGGAUUUUCUUUUGGUUUUUUGUUUUUGUUUAUUUGUUGUUAAGUAAGAGGCAUAUAAGUAGAUAUUGCCACAUUCCCAAGCUUUCCAAAAGAAUCCAUGAUCGUCCCUUGCUUUGUUUUCCUAACUUGUACGCCUCAAUUCCAUUAGGCCUGCAAAAGAAAGCUAUUUUCCACGAGGCUGCUCCAUAAUUGCCCUGGAGACACCCACUGACACACUCCUUGUUCCACUCCUUGGAAUUUUUGGAGCACAAACCCUCUUUCUUCAACCACAAAAUUCAUGGAUUGAAUUCUCCUUCCUUAUGUGAGGAGAUUUCAGAUCCACUCAAUGAUAGUAGUGGGACGGGGCAGUUCACAACGAGUAACAUAAAAUGUCAUAAUCCAAAACAAUCCAAAUAACUCGAAGAGGUGAGUUUCAUGACCAUCUUCUUGAAGACGACAUGUAAGUCGUUUUGUUUGAUGUUGCUACCCGAUUGUUCUCGGAACCAACCAAAACUAGAUGGGGGACCUUCACAAUGUCAUCAACCCGCUCUAGGGUUGAUUGUUCUAUCGUACAUGGGUUGAGGUUAUAAUUUAAAAGGAAAACUACGUGAAAUGCAAAAACAAAAUUUUGUGAGGGAUGGAUGGAACAUAAGAGAAUAUACAACCAAACAAAGUCCCUUUACAAAUUCCAUUUCCCAUGAACUUUGGUUACCAUAAGCCCAGUCAAACGUCAUCGAGAAGUUGUCACGGUACGACACAAGUGAUAAGACGUGUGUUGUCAUAGCUUUUUUUUAUGUUUAAUUUCCCAAAAUCUAUCAUUAUGUCGAAGAUCUCUUGAUUGUCAAUUUGUCAUCAACAAUAUUGUAAAUUCGAAUUAUCCACUUUCACAAAUAUAUUAACAUUUUUUAAAUUAAAGUAGCAUUAUGGGUAUAAUAUAUCAAAUUCUGGCCGACAUGUAAUAAUAGAACUCAUGAUUC